AUGGCAAACCAGACCGCCGAGUUAACCAAUGCUCGGAUAAAAAACAAUGGUGAUCAUAAUGAACGAGUGGAGGAGGAAGAGCAUGAAUCUGAUUUGACACAUGUUUCUAAAACUCCUCGGCAUGAAGAAGCUCGGCCGAAAAAUGAAGACGACGAGCCCGAUAACACUGUAGGGCCAUUUACUGCUGACAUCAUGAAUUUUCAAAUGCCUAGAAUAUUCACUUUGCCAACGACCUUAACUCCUUAUGAUGGGUUAGGAGACCUAAAGAAGCAUGUCAAGAAGUUCAGAUCUUUAAUGAUAGUAAACAGUGCUUCCGAUCCUAUUUAUGCUGAUUACUUCACUGCCUCUUCCAUCUACCUACACAAUUCUGACUACCUGAACAAAAUCAAACAAGGUCAGAACGAAAGCCUGAAGGACUACAUUACCCGUUUUACAAAGGUGGCCAUGACCGUACCAGAUCUUCAUCCUGAGGUACAUCUGCAUGCCAUCAAAAGCGGACUUCGACCAGGAAAAUUUCAAGAAGCAAUCACAGUUGCUAAACCAAAAUCCCUUGCCGAGUUCCAUGAAAAAGCUAAAGGUCAGAUGAAAAUCGAGGAGCUCCAACAAGCUCGGAAAUCAGACAAGCCCCACUCUAACAAAGACGAAGAUAAAGCUCGAGACAGCAAGAAGACUUUUAAACUAACCCAUCGCUAUGAUUCAUAUACUCAGUUUAACACAAAAAGAGAUGAUAUCAUCAAGGAGAUUCUCAAUUCAAAUCUGAUCAAACCUCCCCGAAAGGCCGGCAGCUAUUCGGACGCAAAGAACGCUGACAAAUCCAAAUACUGCAUUUUUCAUCAAAAACAUGGACACACUACUAAUGAGUGUGUGAAUGCAAAAGAUCUGUUAGAACGACUAGCUCGGCAAGGCCACCUAGACAAAUACAUCAACGGGACUAUACAGAAACGCGACACAUCCUCUGCUGACCACACCUCCACAGGACAACAUUCGCGAGACAAAGAGAAAACAACUCAUAGUUACCCUAACCAACCAUGGGAAAUUAUUAACUAUAUUUCUGGAGGUUUUGCAGGUGAGGGAGCAACAAGCUCGGCCCGAAAAUGUACGUACCAAGCUAUGUUCUCAGUAGAGGGCACUGGGAAUGACGUUUCAGGCCUCUAA